AUGAAAGGAAUCGCCGAAUCCACCUUUCAACCUAUUUCCCCGUCCGAGAUGGACUCCCAGCCUCGCCCGCUGCUGCCCGUCGAGAAACCUACUCGGCCUUUCUGGCGCACCGAGCUACACGAACUGGACGAGCUGCGAACAACGCCGGAUCUGCCUGAACAGAGCGAGAUCGUGAUUAUCGGGGCCGGCUACGCGGGCGUGACCCUGGCGUACUAUCUCUCUAAGCUGCUAGGCGAGCACAAUCCCCCGUAUCCGGCCAUCACCAUCCUCGAGGCCCGGCAGAUAUGCGCCGGCGCAACAGGCCGGAAUGGUGGUCAUCUACGACCGGACCUGUACGGACAUAUCCCGACGCAUCUGGAGCGACACGGUGCGGAGGCUGCGGCCGAGGUUGCCAACUUCGAAAUCGAUCACAUCAAAGCGCUGAAGGACCUCCUGGUUGAAGAGAACAUCGAUUGCGACUUGAACAUCACUCGGAAUAUGAACGUCUAUUCGACCGAGGCCGCGGGGACGAAGGCGAAAAGCACGGUUGACCUUCUCGCAUCCCACGGGCUGAAGUUUGUCGAUGAUAUUCAUUACACGUCGGAAAAGAACGCCGAAGGGGUAUCUGGCGUCAAAGGAGCCAAGGCGUGUCUUUCCUACACGGCGGGCACGCUGUGGCCGUACAAGUUCGUAUUGGGAUUGCUGUCCAAGAUCGCCGAUUCCCCGGCUGUCAACGUGCAAACGCACACACCCGUAACCUCUGUCGAACAAGACGGUUCCGGACACACUGUGCGCACCCCGCGAGGAUCGAUCCACGCCAGCAAGGUGGUCUACACCUCCAACGCGUACACUGCCGGCCUACUGCCUGAAUACUCGGCCAGCAUCAUCCCGUGCCGCGGGAUCUGCUGCCAUAUCGCGCUCCCCGAGGGCAAGGAGGCGCCAUUCCUUCCUUACUCGUAUAUUCUCAAUAUUGCCGACGGGGGGUUCGACAGCUACCUUACCACUCGACCCGACGGAAGCAUCGUCGUCGGAGGUGCAGGACACACCUUCCAGCGCGACAAAAGGGAAUGGUACAAUAUGAUCGAUGACAGCACGCUCAUCGAGCCGACCAAGCAUUACUACGAUGAUUACAUGCAGCGGACUUUUAGAGGAUGGCAGGACAGUGGGGCCUGUGUGAAGGAGAUUUGGACGGGGAUUAUGGGAUAUUCCACCGACAGCUGCCCUCAUGUUGGCGAGGUCCCGGGCCGACAGGGACAGUAUAUCUGCGCCGGGUUCAACGGACAUGGCAUGCCGGUGGUUCUGCUGUCGGCCAAGCGACUGGCCGAGAUUAUUGAAACAGGGAAAAGCUACGAGGAGGUUCGACUUCCUCGGCUGUUCAAGACAACUGCGGAGAGGUUGCAGAGGGCACGAGAGGGGACGGAGGGAGGGGAUAUCCUGCAUCCUCGGGAUUGA